GGUAGCAUUGGGAGUCAUAAGGUAGAUUCCGUUCAUAAGCUAUCACCGUGGUGGUCUCUAUCCCACUGGUAGGGAAGAACCCUACGAGGGAUCCAGUUAUCCACUAAUUCUACUCAGUCAACCGACGUUUGUUUCCGCCAGUUUUGCUCGAUGACGUCCCAGCUGAGAGUACAGGCGACAACCCAGAAACGACCACCGAAGAUGGCGUCAAAUCAGUCCUUGAACCAUCUCUUGAACUUCACACUUCCCCCUAGACAGAUUCAGCCUCAGAUUUUGCCUAGGAGGAGUAAGAAAGCUGUUCAUUCAGCCGUGUGGAACAAGGAGAGGUUUGUGAAUGCCCAGUACCGGUUUGUUAUGAACCCAAGCGGGGACUAUACAGUACACUUUGCGGAUCCAGACAUCUUUUUCCAAUGGCACGAUAUAUUGCAGGUCAUCAUUCCACGGUCGUCGGCCUUAGCGUCUGCUGCUGCUGCCGGCGGGGAGCAUUCUGUACAGGAGGAGGGGAUCAAGACUUGCCCUAUCUGUUUGUCCCCUCCGACUGCUCCGCGGAUGACAAAAUGCGGGCAUGUAUAUUGUUUUCCUUGCAUCCUACAUUACCUGAGCAUGUCGGAAAAUCUCAAAUGGGCGCGAUGUCCGGUUUGCUUCGACACUAUCAACGAGAAACAGCUGAAGAGCGUCAAGUGGUACGACGGACCUCAGUUCCAAGAGGAUGAGCAAGAGCCUACUGUUGCCAGUGGUUCCUCACAUAUCGCACAGCGUUCGGACCAUGACGCUACUCCUCGAGCUGGAUCUACAAUGCGGAUGCGAUUGAUGCAACGUCCUCAGAUGACAACCCUUGCAUUACCACGCUCAUACACUUGGCCAUCAGACCUAAUUCCACCUCAUCAGGCUCCUUUUCACUUCCUUCCCGACGUCUACGACUAUGCCAAGUUCAUGCUUGCUACUCCUGACUAUCUGAUCAACGAUCUUUCCAACGAUUUGGACGCGCUCGCCGUGGAACGCCGGAUGAUGGCUAGCAUGCAAGAUGAACUUAGUAUUGCGUUCAUUGACGCAGCUGACCAGAAGCUUCGCCAUCAAAUUGCCAAAGCAGCUGCAUUAGAAUCGCCGCAGCUCAAGGAAGCCAUUGAUAGAACCCGCAAGGAUCACGACGACAUUGCACGACGCCACAACGUUGAACUUGAGCGAAAGCUUGUUGGGGAGACGAAAGGAGCUGCACUCCCCGAGGCACCAGAAGCAUUUCUCGCCACACGUUCAGGCUCUGAGAGUUUCGUAUCAUCGCGUACUUCUCUGUCGAUCCCUGUCACUCCUAAGUCGACGUCGUCACCAGCACCCGUUCCAGCUCUCCCCACCAAUACUUCUUAUAACAAUCGUAAUCACAGACAGCGCCGUAACAUUAACCCUCCUCCCCCGUCUACGCAAACCUACUACUACUACCAGGCAGCAUCUGGCCUGCCCAUCUAUUUACAUCCUCUCGACAUCAAGAUUCUCUUCUCGCACUUUAACAGCUAUGCUUCAUUCCCGGACACAAUUACAGUCUGUGUAGAAUCUGCUACUGAAGGUACUGUCAACGACGACCUGCGCAAGAGGUGCAAGUACCUUGCACACACACCAGAGGGCGCAGAUGUCGUUUUCAUCGAGGCAGACUUGGAUGGAGUUGUGGGCCAAGAGGGGCUGAAGAAUUUCGAAGGGGCGAUUAAACUCCGUAAGUCCAGGAGGAAGGAGAAAGGUAGGAAGGACGACCGCGCACGGGCACGUGCGGAGGAACGCGAAAGAGAGAAGUUUUUUGCGCCGUGGAGCGAGUCUGCUAUUUCCGUGCCUCUUGACCCCGUCCUUCAUCCCGUGGAAGUCGAAGGGAUAGUGAAUCCGAGUCAUGAGUCUCCCAUUCUCCAAAUUAGCGGUGCUUGGGGUUCGAGGAGCUUCGCAUCUGCUGCCCACUCUGCAUCAGGCGCAGAUCUUAGACAACCGAAUACAGGCAAUCGUAAUGCGAGUCAGGAGAUCGGAGACGAGUGGGAGUUGGACGCAGCAUGGCACGAACUUGAGCAGCGAACCACGGCUGGACACGGGAACAAGAAGAAGAGGGGAAAUAAACUUGUUGUGAUGGGAGGUGGAGCGGGGGGGCGAAGGCGAUAGAAAUUUCUGAUGGAACGUUUAAAUUCAUGAUCUAUUAUCUUUUUUGUAACAACAGUCCGCAGUCAUGUUCAAUUCGACCCAAUAAUUGUUUACAGGGACCCUAG